AUGGGGAAGGGACGUGGUCGACCUAAGAAGAUUCCGGUGGCUGCGACACCUCCAGCGGCGCAGAGGGGUUCCACACCACAAUCAAGUUUACGAGGUUCAUUACUGGAUAAGCUAACGGACACACUUGGGACAACUGGAGAAUCAAACUCACCGAAAGCGGCGAAACUUCCACCGAUUAUAGAGGUGCAACAGAUUGAAACAGAAAAGACUGCUAAGGAUACAACUUGGGUGGAUGUUAUCAAGGGUAACAGACUCCCAACUAACGGAAUUGGACUAGAUUACACGCCACCAAUGGUUGUUAAUGGUGACAUUGAAGUGGUGAUAGAGGCUGAAGAUGUAGCUUCAGAAACGAUCUAUUGGGAAAAUGCACUCAUUAUGUAUGUUCUUGGAGGAAAUCUCACUAUGAAUGGAGUUAAGAACUUUAUGAUGAGGGUGUGGAAUUUUGCAGCUCUCCCUGAACUCUACUAUAAUGAAGAGGGAUUCUUUAUUAUACGAUUCCAAUCAAAAGAGGACAAAGAGUCUGUACUGAAAAGGGGUCCUUACUCAAUUUUUCGCCAACCUAUGUUCCUUCAUGAAUGGAGUCCUAACUUCUCUCUGAGUGAAGAUGCCAUUAGGUUAGUGCCUAUUUGGGUCAUGUUGCCACAACUUCCGCUUACGUUCUGGGGUGAAAAAAGUAUCGGGAAGAUAGGUAGUGCCUUAGGGACGCCUUUGAUGGCUGAUGAAUGUACAACAAAGAAGCUGCGUAUUUCGUAUGCUCGAUUACUAGUGGAGAUAGACAUCACUGUUCCAUUGAAGGAUUCUAUAAUCAUCAAGGGACCGGAUGGUGUGAGGUUCACUCAACAGGUACACUAUGAAUGGCAACCUGUAUACUGCAUGAAAUGUAGUAAAUUGGGUCAUGAUUGUGAGAAACAGAAAAAGCCUAAUGUGCAGGGGAAGAAGAUUUGGGCACCGAAACCUCCGCAACAAAAGACUAAUAAUAACCCAGAGACUACGGGUGUUCAGCAGGAUCCUAUUGUGGUUGCAGUGGAAAGCCCUUGGACAGUAGUUGGAGCUUCUAGGCAUAGAGGCAAAAGCAUUGUGGAGGAUGAGUCUAAGGGACCCAAUGUGGAAAUUAUUGGUACAAGUAAGAAUGGAUUUGAAGUCCUAGGACAGGAUACUCACCUAAUGGGUGAUCCAUGUUAG